AUGGAUAAGGCAUCUAUUGAGGCAUAUAUAAGGAUAAAACCUGGAGGAAGGGAGUUGAGAUACACGAAAAGCUCUGUGGCUGUUAACAGGGAAGGUGGAGACACAGUUGAAUACGAGUUUGAUGGGGUAAUAGGACCUGAGGCUACACAGCUGCAAGUAUUUGAGAUGUUCAGGUCUGUUGUUCCUAGGCUUAUGGAGGGAUAUAACCAAACAAUAUUUUGCUAUGGCAGUACUGGCUCAGGAAAGACACACACAAUGGUUGGCAGUGAGGAGUCUCGUGGAUUGAUGUUUAAUCUAGCACAGGAGAUUCUGGAGCACGGAGAAUUUUUUGCUUCUUACAUGGAAAUAUACAAUGAAAAGAUAUACGACUUGUUAGAGCCAAAAGAAUUAGCAUUGAGGGAGUUUAAUAAACUCAUAGUUGUGCCUAAUCUUUUUUUGAAAAGAAUUGAAAGCAUGAGUGAGUUUGAGAGUGUUCUAAAGCAAGGGAUAAAAAACAGAACAACUGCAGAAACAAAGUUGAACAAGAGCAGCAGUAGGAGCCAUGGAAUACUAAGGAUAUGUGUUGGAGACAGUAAACUGAAUCUCAUUGAUCUUGCAGGAUCUGAAAAUAAUAGAAAGACAGGUAAUGAAGGAAUCAGGCUUACUGAAUCGAAUAACAUUAAUAGAAGUCUUUUUGUUCUUGGAAAUGUAGUGAAUGCCAUUUUGAAAAAAGAAAACAGAGUGCCUUAUAGAGAUAGUAAGCUUACAAGACUAUUACAGGAUUCUCUUGGAGGACGAAGUCUAUGCUACAUCAUCGCAAAUGUGAUUAACGAUCGACUGAAUAUAGGCGAUUCAAUUAGCACAUUAAGCUUUGCAUCGAAGUCAAGGAAAAUUGUUAACAAUGAAAUUAUUUGCAAUCGAUCACAUGAAGAUAGUUUUGCAGGUAUAGUGGACGAAGAGAAGUGUUUAAGAAUGCCACUAUCUGUAAAGACAAAUACAAGAUUUAACAUGAGCAGAGCUGAAGGUUACAAGAAGAAUGGAGGAAUACAAAACGAAUACAAUUAUUUUCGCUCAAAAGCGUGCAUACAAUUUGAUAUUGAAAAUGAUAAGGUUUUGCUUUCUUUGGACAAGCAACAUCAAUAUGGCACUAGAACAAUAGCUGGGGACAAAAUUAGCAAUACAGAUAAGCGUCCUAGCAAAAGAAUAAAUGGUAAUGACAGCGGAUCAUUGAUUUUGAAAUCUAUUGUUGAUAAACCAGAGAUUUUAUUGUCACCAAGGACAAAAGAAAAGAGCUACAAGGCAUUUUUGAAAAGAGCAAGUGGUUUUGAAUCUGCACAUAAGUAUAGGCUGGCCUUGGAGGACUACAGAACAAUACAAAAAUUUUGCGACAAUGAGUUUGUUAGGCAAAAAAUAGAGAGCAUUGGCACAUUGUUUAAGAAGCCCAAGAGAAAUAUAGAAUUAACGAAAGAAGAUGUAUUAGCGAUCCUUAACAAAGGAAAUUUCUUUGAUAUAAAGAAGUUGCCGAAAGUCGGAGACAAACGAGCACAGGUUAUUGUUGAUUUUGUCAAUGAAGGAAAUCUCUUUGAGACAGUUGCUGAUCUAAAGCUUUUGUUUAGUACAAAGGUUGUUGAUUCUAUUCUACUUUCCAUAUCAAAAAGGUGA